AUGGACUCGGAUGGGUUUCUCUGGUUCCAGGACCGCCAAAAGGAGAUUAUCAAGUACAAAGGGAACAUGGUGGCCCCAGCCGAGCUCGAAAACCUCCUUUCGGCCCACCCAGAUGUCCUCGAGGCUGCUGUCUGCGGCUACUUCGAUGAAUCCCAGCAGACCGAUAUUCCUGUCGGAUACGUUAAGCUGCGAGAUUCUGUGGCUAUCAUUGAUCGUGCCCGUUUACUGGGAGAAAUCAAGAAAAUCGUCGACGAUUCUGUAUCAUCUCCGAAGAAACUUCGAGGUGGACUGUUCUAUUUGGCGGAAUUACCCAAAAAUGCGACAGGAAAGACCAUGAGAGGGCUUCUUCCGGCUCGACUAGAGUCUGAUAAGAAGAGGUGGAGUAAACUGUGA